CACAUAAACACCCACACGUACAAUACCAAUACCUAUACCAACUUCAUCUUCCCCAUCUCCAAUUCUAUAAUCUCAAACCCCUCUCUCUCUCUCUCUCUCUCUCUGACUCUUCAGGCUAAUUAAGAUGAUCGGUUUGUGGCGGCGGAGGCGGUGACCGGAGAAUAUGGAUAUUGGUUAAGAAAAGCAAAAUUGAAGAAAAAGUCCCUAAAAAGUUGUUAAAAAAAGAAAAGAAAGUGACAACAAUGUCUGUGGCUCAUGUGGAUGAUGAUGAAGAAGAAAACAUUCACAAACCAAGCAAGCUCCAACAUGCUGAGAAGGCUCUCCCCAAUGGUGACAUCUACCUAGGCCAGUGGGCGGAAAACUGCCCGAACGGGCAGGGCAAGUUCCUAUGGGCAGAUGGCUGCAUGUAUGUAGGCAGCUGGUGCAGAGGCAGGACCAUGGGAAGGGGCAAGUUCAGCUGGCCCUCGGGCGCCACCUACGAGGGCCAGUUCAAGAACGGCUACAUGGAUGGAGAGGGCACGUACACGGGCUCAUCCAACGACACCUACAGAGGCAUGUGGCAGUCCAACACAAGGCAUGGUGGUGGGAUGCAGAGUUUCAGCAAUGGGGAUUGCUACAAAGGGCAGUGGUGCCACGGGAAGAUGGAGGGGAAGGGGAGAUAUACGUGGAAGAAUGGGAACGAGUAUGUGGGGUAUUGGAGGGAGGGGAAGAUGAAUGGUGUGGGAACUCUUGUUUGGGCUAAUGGGAGUUUGUAUGAGGGGAGCUGGCAGGACGGGCUGCCUAAGGGAAACGGGACGUUUCGUUGGGUUGAUGGGAGCUUCUAUGUGGGAGUUUGGAGCGAGGAUGCGAAGGAGCAAAGUGGGACUUACUACACAUCUAGUGCUAAUAGAGGGAGCAUUGGUUGGGACCCUUUGAAUGUGUAUUCGGUGUAUUUGAGAGACUGUAGUGUUGUAUCUGUGGAGAAGAUUCUUGUUUUUCCUUCGGAGAAGAUGGUGAGCUGGCAAUGUGAAGGGAAGCCGUUGCAGAAUCUGAUCAUAAGGCCUGCAACGAGGCAAGGAAACACUAUAUCGAAAGGGCAUAAGAAUUAUGAACUAAUGUUGAAUUUGCAGCUUGGAAUAAGACAUUCUGUAGGAAAACCUGCACCGGCUACGUCUCUUGACUUAAAAGCAACAGCUUUUGAUUCGAGAAACAAAGUGUGGACCAAGUUCCCACCAGAAGGAACCAAGCACACCCCACCUCACCAAUCAUGUGAAUUCAAAUGGAAGGAUUACUGCCCCUUGGUUUUCAGGACACUUAGGAAACUAUUUAAGGUUGAUCCAGCAAACUACAUGAUGUCAAUAUGCGGGAGCGAUGCCCUCCGCGAGCUCUCGUCUCCCGGGAAAAGUGGUUGCUUCUUCUACUUGACCAACGAUGACAAGUACAUGAUUAAAACUGUUAAAAAGUCAGAAGUAAAAAUGCUUAAGCGAAUGCUUCCAGCUUACUAUAACCACGUUCGUUUCCAUGAAAACACGUUAUUGACCAGAUUUUAUGGCCUUCACUGUGUGAAGAUGACUGGGCCUGCACAAAAGAAGGUAAGGUUUGUGAUCAUGGGAAACUUGUUCUGCACUGAAUACUCAAUCCAUAGACGCUUCGACUUGAAAGGGUCCUCCCACGGCCGCCUAGCUGUCAAACAUGAAUCCGAGAUAGACUCAACAACCACCCUCAAGGAUCUUGACCUGAACCUCAUCUUUCGACUGCAGAAAUCUUGGUUCCAAGAGUUUUGCAGGCAACUGAACCGCGACUGUGACUUUCUUGAACACGAGAAGAUCAUGGAUUACAGUCUCUUGGUUGGCAUUCAUUUCAGAGAGAUAUCACCAUCUGGACAGCCACUCAGUACUACCGAGACAAAACAUCAAACUCCCAUUGGUGAAGGAGAUGGACACAAAAGCAGUGAAGGAGAAGCCCCCUUUGAUGCUAACUGGUGGUCAUCUAUCAGAUUAGGUUCAAACAUGCAUGCGCGAGCUGAGCUGACAACGAGGAGAAACAGCGGUGAGUGCCAGCUGGUGGGAGAGCCAACAGGGGAGUGCUACGAUGUGAUCCUAGUGUUUGGUAUAAUCGACAUACUGCAAGACUACGAUAUCAGCAAGAAGCUUGAGCACGCGUACAAGUCCUUCCAGCACGAUCCAACAUCAAUAUCGGCUAUUGAUCCUAGGCACUACUCCAAGCGCUUCCGUGACUUCAUAUUCAAGAUUUUCACAGAAGAUCAACACGGAUGAUGUUUGUCUCGUUUUGAGGCUCUGCAUAUGAGUGUAGAUAAAGGUUGUUUGAGGGAGUAGAUGUUAUAUAGAAAUGAGAGAAACAUCAGAUGCAUUCAAAACAAGAAGAGAUCAUCUUCUGUAUAUUAUGUUGCACUUUAUAAUUAUUUGUUGGAAUCACAACUAAUUUACACUUC